CGAUCCUGCUGUAGAAAGUCGCGGCAUUGGAACGAUUUGAAUUUUUUUUGUUAUUUAUUGUUUUAAGUGCUCAUUACUAUGGCUUGUACUAAUGGAAAUGGUCCUGGAUAUGCUUCUCCGCUGGAUGCAAUGAAAAACGGCCCAAAAGAAAAACUUUUGUACGUAAUCGGUGUCCAGCCGGACCACUUAAACGGCAAAAGUGACCUUUUGGCAACAGUGGACGUUGAUCCAGAAUCUCCCACAUAUUGCCAAAUUAUUCAUAGAUUAAGAACGGGACGUCCAGACGAUGAACUCCAUCACAGCGGUUGGAACAUUUGUUCCAGUUGUCAUGGAAAACAAGAGUGCUCUAAACGCGAUAAACUUAUUUUGCCAGGCUUAUUAUCCAAUAGGGUGUUUAUUGUAGAUACUGGAAAGACUCCUAGAAGUCCUUUUAUGCACAAGGUAAUUGAAGCUUCGGAAAUCAACAAUCUGGAUUGUACCGCUUUGCAUACAAGUCAUUGCCUGGCUAAUGGAGACAUUAUGAUUUCAUGUAUGGGUGAUUUGAAAGGGAACCCAAAAAGUGACUAUGUCCUUAUUGACUCAAAAACCUUUAAAGUUAAAGGUACUUGGGUGCAAGGUAAAGCAGCAAAAUUCAACUAUGACUUUUGGUACCAACCCUACCACGACAUAAUGGUAUCAACUGAAUGGGGUGCCCCGAAAAUAUGGAAAAGGGGCUACCAUCCAGACGACAUCACAACUCCAGACGCCUAUGGGCGAAACUUAAAUUUCUAUUCUUGGAGCAAAAGGGAACUAAUCCAGACAAUUGAUUUGGGUCCCGAUGGAAUUGCGCCAUUAGAAGUGCGAUUUUUGCACAAUCCGAAAGAAAGUCAAGGGUAUGUUGGCACCGCGGUGGGAUCUUCGAUUUUCAGGUUUUACAAAAAAGACGACGGUACUUGGGCUGCAGACCGAGUCAUCAAAGUACCAUCGAAAAAAGUAUCUGGAUGGGCUGAAGGAGAUUAUAUGGGAGGUUUAAUAAGUGAUAUUCUGAUAUCCCUGGACGAUAAAUUUCUGUAUUUCUCCAAUUGGUUGCAAGGCGACAUAAGACAGUACGACAUCACAGAUAGAGCCAACCCCAAAUUGACUGGCCAAGUGUUUUUGGGCGGGAAAAUCCUCAGUGAUUCCGAUGUCAAAGUACUGGAAGACCCUGAACUGACGGAACCACCCAAACCGGUCUACAUUAAAGGAAAAAGGUUCUACGGAGGCCCUCAAAUGUUGCAGCUCUCUUUGGACGGUAAACGAUUGUACGCCAGUAGCAGUCUUUUUUCGUGUUGGGACAAGCAGUUCUAUCCGGAAUCCAUCAAAGAAGGCGGCAGGAUUGUUAAGCUGGAUAUUGACGUUGUUAACGGAGGCAUGAAGUUGGAUGAAAAUUUUUUGGUUGAUUUUUCUGAAGGAGUUGAUGGACCUAUUUUGCCGCACGAGAUGAGAUAUCCUGGCGGAGACUGUACUUCUGAUAUUUGGCUAGCCGAAGAAAACUAAUACAUACCUACACUAUUUUUAUUUUAUUUUUCUGUAUAAAAUCUACCUACUUAUAAUAAAGAUAAUUAUCUGUUUCUUACCUAAAUAGAUGGCGCUCAAGCCAAAUGUGGUACGGUG